UUAGAGCCAGGCCCCAGGUUGGGCCACUCGGCCGAGGCCCCCAGCAAGUAAGAAGGCUGCUGCGCAGGGCGUCCACUCUGCUGCCGGUGAUGCCGUCGUAGAUCCUGCUGGACAAAGCCUCAGGAAAGACUCGCAAACAUUUCAGAUCAAAGACUCAGUGCUCAGGCCACCUCAUCAGUGUGCAACCGGCCCCAGGGGCGGAGCGCCUUCGGGGCGCCUCCCCCGGAGCUCCUUUCUAGACACGCGGGCCCACAGCCAGGGUGGUUCCAUGGGACUGGGGUGCCCAGCCCUGCUCCCGGGCCCCACACCUGUGUGAGCGCCAGGGUCACCCCUCCUGCUGUGCACAGCACAACCCUGCCAGCAGCUCUGUACGGAAGCACGUUUCUUCCUUUUGAUUUGGGCCGAAUACUGAAUUAUUCAUUCAGAAAUUUACCCGGCAAACACCCAUCUGGCAUCUGUUCCGUCCAAGGCACUGGGCUGAGUGCUGAGGGAACCAUGUAAGCGGGGCCCCAAGAGGCAUGCUCUUCCAUAAGCGGCCCUGAAAGGCACCAAAGACCUCAUCGCUUGAGAUCACGUCUUAGACUCGUGCUCAUACAGAUACCAGAGUUUCCACACGGUCAUCGCCCAUCUCCACCAGCCAGCGUGCUCCCUGGGGGCCUUCCAGAGCCCUCAUGAAGCACCCUACAGAGCGAGGAGGGGCACGGGCAUGUCCUUGAGCCCUGGCCCUGCCACUCACCUUGGGCCAGCUCCUUAGGCUUUGUCUUCAUCUAUGAGAUGACAAUAACCACACCCAUCUCACAUGGUACUUUCACAGAUUUUAGGGAGAGACUAGGUAAAAACGGCAAUGUUUAGUAGAUUUUAUCAUAUUAUCUUUGAAAAUCAGUGCUUCGGCAUGGAGAUUGCCCCUUGAAGAUUCCAGUUUUAUUACAGACGCAGGUCCAAUCUGCCCUCCUGCCUGCACCCCACCCAAGCCCAGGCUGGGUCAGAUUGUCCCUCUCUGCACCUGUCAUACCUGCCACCCUACAGUUCUCUUUCCUGUCCCUCCCCUAGACCGUGAGCUGCUCAAGGGAAAUGCCACGAACAGUGAAUUCACCUGCAUUCGCCUGAGUGCAUGAAUGGUGAAUUCACAUGAAUGGUGCACAGUUCCAGGCAUUUACUGUCUCAUCCUGAAGGCUACGGGGGCCUCAUUUUUACCAGCCCCAGAGCAGUGGAAGCAAUGGAACUGUGUUUGGAGAAAGACAAUAAAACUGAAGUCUGGAAACACUCUCUGAAAGAAAAGUGGAAUGCUAAGUCAGUGUACGUGGUUGGAAGUGCUACCUCUUCUCUAGUGAAUAAAAUCGGCCUGGACACAGAAGGAGAGAGCUGUGGAAAUGCAGAAAAGCUCGCAGAAUACAUUUGUUCCAGGGAGUCACCGGCAUUGCCUCUCCUGUUUCCCUGUGGAACCGUCAAAGGGGAAAUCCUGCCGAAGAUGCUCAAGGACAAAGGGAUUCCCAUGGAAAGCAUCAUCGUCUAUCAGAAGGUCCCACACCCGGGAAUCCAGGUGAACCUCCACAGCUACUAUUCUCAGCAGGGCAUCCCAGCGAGCAUCACGUUUUUCAGCCCCUCUGGCCUCACCCACAGCCUCAAGCAUAUUCAAGAGUUAUCUGGUGACAACAUUGGUCGAAUCAAGUUCGCCGCCAUCGGCCCCAGCACCGCCCGUGCGCUGGCCGCCCAGGGCCUGCCUGUGAGCUGCACGGCCGAGAGCCCCACGCCACCAGCCCUGGCCAAGGGCCUCAGGUUGGCGCUUCAGGCCCCCGGCUGCUGAGUCACUGGCACUUCCGGCCGUGCGGCUGUCCCGGACCCGGGCAUCGCACCACCACUGCUGCGGGGAAGCCAGGCAUCGGCGGGCUCCCCGGACUUCUGCCUCGUGCCUCCGCGGACCCGCGGGGACACCGGGAGCGGGGUGGGCCCCAGGGCCGGCGUCGGGCUUGGCCGGCGCCCCCGGCUCCCAGGCCCGGCCGGGGCUCCUCCGGCAGCAGGAAGGAAACCAAAUAAAGCACCGGCUCCCCGAGCUGACUGCGUUGUCA